UAAGUUUCAUAGGCAAAAUUAACUAAAUAUCACGAAUGAAAUAUUCGAGAUACAAAUUUUAACUCAACGGAUAUCCUCUGACUCUUUUCAUCAAUGUUGCAUCAGAAAAGACGAUUCCUGUGUUUUAAAACGAUGUAUUUAUAGCUUGAAUAAUGGAUACAUACUUUCAUAAAAUACAAUUACAAAUUAUCAUAAUACAUCGUGCUAAAGAUGUUGCUGUUUUAGAUUUUAAAAUCCAUAAAUCAUUGGAACAUUUAAAUUUGAGCGCAAAUGAGUACAGUUUGCAGAGGAAAUCUAUAAUCACGUGUGAAAAUAUACGAAAAUGGAUCCAACCAAAUAGGCAGAUUUUGUACAAAUAUCACCUCGAUUUGCCCAGAUAUUUGGAAAACUUUCGUUCAAAGGAUAGAGUCGAUAUUGUGCCAGAAAACGUUUUCCACUUGGGCGACAUAUAUGUCUGCCAUAGCAUUUAUAACCUUGGUUUGGAAACAUUCAUAGUGGAAGCAAUUAAAAGGCAUAGAUAUAAUAAGACAGAGAAAUUAAGGAACUAUAUGAAAAUCCUUACGCUCCUGAAUUUCCGCCAGAACUCGGAAGCCACUUUGCAAUUUUAUAACAAUUUAGUACCAAUUUUAUAUAAUGAGAAUUGCACAGAUUCUAAACUUGUGAUAGAUUUCAUUAGCCAGUUUAACUUUUGUUGGUGGCUUUUUAAUUAUGAAAAUCCGAAUGUUUUAGAUUAUAUCCUUCACCAUGCGCAGAGAAUUCAAUGCACCAACAAUCUAUGGCAAUUUCUACAACCAGGAAUAAGUCCAGUCAAUAUGUGCUUUCUACGACACAAGAUUACCAACGUUCGCAUUCUGCUUAUGUAUGGAAUCUCCAUGAACAUCCCAACAGAAUUUGAUUUCUAUCAUUACAUCAACAUCCCCAAUUGGAUAUUUCAGGAAGCUGUUCAACGAGGUUUCGUGAGCUACAGAAGAGCUUUCCUCAUUUUUCUGCUGCUAUACGACUUUGAACACCACCAGCAUUCACCACAGGGAUUGCAAUGCAUCUGGAGGUCAAUUAAGGAUCCUUUUCUGAGCCAUGCAGAGCUAGUUUUCACACUUAUACAGGUGAUGCCAUUGGAAAUGAUUUUUCGAAUACAUUGCCAUUAUGCAACUUUUGUUUCUGGGGGUAGCUGCGUGUACACCCCAUACCCCAGAAAACUGAAGCAUUUUUGUAGAGUGGAAGUCCGGAAACUUCUACGUAGUCUUCAUUUGUUACCACAUGAAAUUUCUCGCCUUUUUAUACCAGAAAGUCUUAAGCCUUACUUAUGUGAAUAUUAAACUCGUUUUA